UACACUCCAAAAUUAAGCGAAAAACGCGUACCCAUUAAAUUUCUUCAUCUUUUCCUGGUGGGUGUGUGUGAAAGUUUGAAAGUGAAUUUCACUUUGGACGGCCAAUUUUCUAUUACGCGUUUGGGCCACCAACUACGAAAGUGGUAGUACGCUACUACUGUAAUUUCACAUUUGACUCUUGCAGUCUUCUUCGCCUCACAGCAACUAUUUAAAUCAUACAUUCAUUUCCUUCUCUCCGCCAUUCCCAUUCUCUCAAACCCACUGAGAAAUCUCUUCUUCAUAAUUUUCAUUCUCUUUGCUUUCUUAAACUCUUAAAACAAUUUCAAUUUUGUCACCUCUUUUUUUCUCCUCUUUCCUUUAGAUCUUCUCAACCGUCUAUAUAUCCAAAUCACAAUGGCUCUUCUAACUUUCACCCAACGGUCUAAAUAUGAUGUGUUCUUGAGUUUCAGAGGAGAAGAUACCCGCAAUGGUUUUAUUAGCAAUUUGAAUGGUUUUUUGAGUUUUAAAGGUAUUAACACCUUCAUCGAUAAUGAGCUCCAAAGAGGAGAGAAAAUUUCCACUGAACUUUUCGAAGCUAUUGAAAGUUCAAAAUUUUCAAUAAUUGUAUUCUCUAAAAACUAUGCAACUUCCACUUGGUGUUUAGAUGAACUUGUCAAAAUUCUUGAGUGUGAAAAGAAAGGCCAAAAGGUGUUUCCGAUUUUUUACGAGGUGGAUCCAUCAGAAGUACGUAGCCAAAAGGGAAAGUUUGGAGAAGCGUUGGCAAAACAUGAAGAAAGUUUCAAGUAUGACACGAACAAGGUGCAAAGAUGGAGGGACGCUCUAAAGGAAGCCAGCAAUUUAUCUGGUUGGCCUUACACAAAUGACUGCCCUCAAUUUACGUUUAUUCAAGAAAUUUGUGAAGCGAUCUUAAGUGCUAAAUUAAAUUAUUCGCAAUCAUUUGUUAUUGAAUACCCAGUUGGAAUAGACUCUCGCAUAGAGGAAAUAAGGAGGUGCUUAGAUAUUGAGUCAAACGAUGUUCGCAUGUUAGUGAUCCAUGGUCUUCCUGGAAUAGGUAAGACAACAAUUGCAAAAGCUAUUUUUAACUUAAUUGCAUGUCAUUUUGAAGGAAGCAGCUUUCUAGAAAAUGUUAGAGAAAACUCAAAAACAAAUGAUGGUGUACUCCAAUUACAAAAGAAGCUUGGGGGUAGAAAUUUGGAAUUGCAUGAUGUAUCUAAAGGAAUCAUAGAGAUAAUGGAAAUACUUCGUCACAAAAGAAUUCUUUUAAUUCUUGAUGAUGUGGACAAAUUAGUUCAAGUACAAAAUUUGCUUGGAAAAUGCGAUUGGUUCGCUUCUAGAAGUAGAAUCAUUAUCACAACAAGAGAGGAAAAGGUGCUAUCUACUUUUCAAGAAGACUGUCAUCUAACCUACAAUAACUACAGGGUUAAGGAAUUAGAUGAACAUGAAUCUCAUGAACUCUUUUGUCAACAUGCAUUCAAAAGAAACAAGCCUACAAAAGAUUAUUUGGAGCUCAUAGACCACUUUAUAUAUUAUGCCAAAGGCCUUCCAUUAGCUCUAGGAAUAAUAGGUGCUGAUUUGUACAAGAGAGAUAUACAAUAUUGGAAUAGUCUAUUAGAAAAGUAUAAAAAAUUUCUCAAUCCAGAUAUUCAACAAGUACUCAAAAUAAGCUAUGAUGGAUUGGACCAAACUCAACGGGAUAUUUUUCUUGAUAUUGCAUGUCUUUUCAAAGGAUUUGACAAGGAAUUUGUUGUAGAUUUAUUACAAAGUAGCUAUUCAUAUAACCCGUUCUGUGAUAUUGAAAAACUUAUCGACAAAGGCCUCAUAAUUGUUGAUAAUGGCAAACUAGUGAUGCACGAUUUGAUACAACAAAUGGGUUUUGAAAUUGAUCGACAAGAAGCAAAAGUGUCAAAAAAACAUAGAAGGCUAUCGUGUUAUACUUAUGAGGAUGCUCUCGAAGAACUAAAUGGAGAUACGGAAUUUGAUAAAAUUCAAGGCAUAACAUUGUCCUUGCCACAACCAAGAAAGAUGCAAUUGAAUCUUGAAAAGAUGAGAAGUCUCAAAUAUUUGAUUAUUCGUAAUGUAAUUUAUGAAGACCUUAAAUCUUUUCCCAAUGGGUUAAGGUUUCUUGAUUGGAAUGAAUUUCCUUUAUCGUCCUUGCCAUCCACCUUUGAACCUACAAAACUCGUUGUACUUAACAUGCGAUGGAGCCACAUUAAAUUGGACGAGCAUUUUGAGAGGUGUCGAUUCAAAGCAUUGAAAUAUAUGGAUUUCACGGAUUGUAAAAAUAUUACAAAUGUACCCGACUUAUCAGUAAUUGCCCCAAACAUAAAGAAGUUGAGGUUUAUAAGAUGCAAAAAUUUAUUUAAGGUUCAUAGGUCCGUUGGAAUUCUUGAAAAGCUUGAAAACUGGGAUAUCGUUGAAUGCCGAAAUCUUAGAAUUUUACCACCAAAGCUCCAGUUGAAAUCUCUUAAAAGCUUUGUUCUCUUUGGCUGUGAAAGUCUUGAGCAAGGAACGGAAAGGUUAGCGUUUCUUUCAUCAAUAGGAUAUCUCACUGGCCUUCGUGAGUUAGGAAUAAGUUUAAAAAACGUAAAAGAUGUUCCGAGUAACAUCUCUGAUUUACAAAAUCUUAGGAGGCUCACUAUGAAUGAUUGUGAAGAAUUUCCAAAAGCCAUGGAUACCCUUGGUUGCUUCCCCAAUGUAGAACGUCUAGAUUUCUUUUACAGCAACGUUACUACCCUCCCUAAAAUUGCUAUCAUAUUUCCCCAAUUAAAGAUUCUAUGGCUCUAUUGUUGCUGGAACCUACGGAAAAUUCCAAUACUUCCACCUUGUAUACACUUUGUAUCUGCAAUAGGGUGUAAUUCGUUGAAUCCAAAAUCAAGAGGAAGAUUAUUGAAUCAGUUUGGAGAAUUUAUAGGGCUUCGACAAAAUAUCGUAUGUGCAAGGGGAAUACGGCAUCAGGAUUCUGAUUCGACACGGAAACUUAAUGAUUUUUAUACACUUAUACUUCCAGGAAGUAAGAUUCCAAAGUGGUUCAACCAUCUAAGUGUUGAAAGUUCCAUAUCAUUCUCGGUCCGCCGGGAACUUCCACCAUUCGCUUUCUGCGUUGCACUAAAAGUGGAACGGAAGGAUGAUGUGCCACAUGAAUUGCUUACGUUUAACUGUUUUGCCUACAUGUACAUCAAUGGUUUUAAAAGAUAUCUUGCGGGUUAUGAUUCUCGUUCAGAUCCAUUAUCUUUUAUGUGGGUCGACUAUAUCAGAGAUUGGCCUUUGGUGGAAGACAAAAUUCUAGGGGAUUGGAAUGACAUUGAGAUUCGAUUUGAAUGUUCAAAUUAUGAUCCUAAAAUAGCAAAAAUUACAAUAGAAAGGUGCGGAGUCAAUGUCUCAUGCAUUUGUCCGUCUUGCAACUUCGCAGCAAAUGAGGAUGCUGACUUCAACCCAUGUCCACCAUUGAAGAAAAUGAGAAACCAUCGACCAACCUAUGCCAGACGUCCCCAAAAACACUACCUGUCCCACUUCGGAUGGCUUCGAAUUCGAUUCCGACUCUGGAAACGGAGCUCUCGCCCAACCCUUCCAAGUGCAACGCUUAUGUCCAGGGCUCUGAGGGAAAUGGAAGAGAUAGAUCCCAGGGCUUUCAACAAUGGAGCAGAAGAUUCAGGGCUUCCAAUCGCCCACACUUAUGUCAAUGAUGGUUCCGACUCCAAGUUAUAUCCCCCAUCAAAGAAGGCAAGAAAAUCUUGAUCGAACUUAGAUGCCAAGUAAUGAUGACAGAGCCACGACUUUAGCAUUGUUGGGUUGAUUUCUGUAGCUGUUGACGAAAGCAAUUCCUCAUACAUAUGAGUUUUGUGCCCAAAAAUGAUCAUUCUGUUCCCUAGGAUCCUCUGUUUUGGUAUUUUGAUGACUUCAUACUUGAUGGAACUGGGUUGAAGUCAGCAUCCUCUGUUCUUGAUUGAACUUCAAACAAAUAUGCCAAGUUGUGGAGAUGAAAAUUCUUUAGGAGGUAUGAGAGGAAGCACAUCAAGUAUUUGAUAAAAUGUUACUUUGGGUUGAAUGAACGAACUCACUCUCUUACUUUACAAAAGAGUAGGUUCGAUAUACAUAUAAUGCAAACAUCACCAACUUCAUUGUAAGUCCAGCUUGCAACCUCAGCUGGGAAUGGAAGAGCGAAGGAUAUUUUGGCUUUGGCUUCUUCGUUUUUUGAAAUGGGGUUAGAUAACUUGGGCGCUGGGGUCUUCAAACACUCCAGUCUAAUGUUUCCUGUAAAUGAGAACACUUGUUGCCUUAUAUCAAGAACAUUAGCUGCUUUCUCUUAGGAAGUACAUUCCUUUAUUGCUUCUUUACCAAGCCAAAAUUUUGCUAGCUUCAUCUCAUUUACUGUUCAAGUGCCUGUUUUGUCAGUGCAAUUUUUUUUUUUUUUUUUUUUUUUUUUUUUGUGGCUGAGUUCAUUGUGUAACAAGCAGAAGGUUUUUGAACCAAGGAGUGAUCAGGCAUCAAGCAUUUCAUAGAAUAUGCCAAAUGUUAGAGUAAUUGAUAGAGGCAGACCUUCUGGAGUUGCCACCAGCAUAACUGUGAUUACUGCAGUGAAAGGCAUGAUCAACCAUUAUGCACUUCAUCUCUUAUACUUUGAGUUUUAAAUAUUUGUGUGAGUAAUAAGAUUUAGGGUAUCAGAGCAAAAAUUGUUCUCUCUUGCCAUCUCUUUAAAGUUGCAUAUUAUGGUUUUGUUAUUUUAAUUUUCUGUUCAUAUUUUUAAAACAAAACAUUUGUGUUUUCAAACAACAUCCAUGGAGAGCGGUUACCUUAAGCAUAAUAUUUUUGCUUUAAAUCAUGCAUCAGUAAUACCUGGCUGCUUGUCUUUGCUAUCACUCCCACAAGACAAGCAGCCUGGUUUCUUUUGCUUGUCUUGUGCUAUUACUUCCUGUUGGUAGUAGAGGAAAGGGGAUUGGUUAAAUUCAUAAUUCUCAUGAUGAUGUUUCAAUAUUCCGUUCUUUUUUCAUUGUAAAUGCAUACAUAUGUGAAAUUUAGUAUUCAUAAAUUUUAUUGCAUUAGUUGUUGAUUUCUUUGAUUCUUUUUUCCCUUUCUGUUACAACAUCAGCAACUAGUAUUCUUUGGCAUUGAUUUUUGUGGAGAUCCCUUAAGAAGAUUGACUUUUAGUGUCUCUGGAAAGUUUCCUAAGUCCUACAUGCAGCUCAUGUAGUUAUGAGUCAAUCUUUUGUCAUUUACUUUCUGAUCUAACAGUGUUUGUCAUUUUCAAUACUCUUUCCCUAUACGAGGAUUGUGUUAUCAUCUUCAUAUGUUGUAAUCAGUACAAGGGAAAUACAAUGAAUUUUAAAUGCUUUUAUUUUCUUGUAAUGAAAUCCAUCAAUGUAGAAUAUAUUUAAUUUGUAGGGAAUUUUUAUAUUGAAAUCGUAGAAAUGGACCUUUUCUGCUUUUGCCAAAAGGCUGUUGGUGGGUGCUUGAACAUUUGGAAGAAUCACUAUAGGUAUAUCUUGACCACAUCAUCUAAUAAAUACGAUCGUGUAGAAAAUGUUUAUGUAUUGUGAAAUACAUUAAAUAGCCAAUAGAAGGUCUAUAUUUCAAGAAGCUAAGAUGUGAGUUUCAAUAAUUUGAUUCAGUGCUUCAAAGAACCGAAAAUUGGAGAAGUUAAAAGAAAAUAUUAACAAGGUCAAAGACUGGUGAGAAAAACUGUUAAUAUAUCCUGAUGUUUUUAUUUGUUUGAAGAACCUUUAUGCUUAAGAACAUGCGAUUGAUCUUGUUUGCAGAAAAGAUGAAUGCAAUGAUUGAAAAGGCAAAGACCAAGCUGCUAUUUCAAUAAAAGUACCUGAUUGCCCUCACUCCAUCCUCUCAGUAUUGUCUUAGGCCAUUGAGUAGUGGCAAUGAAAAUCCUUUGGAUGGCAAAAGAGGAAGCUUUGUUUUCAAACACUAAAGCCAGCAUAAAUCAGUUAGCUCAUUGUCUAAA